AUGCCGCUCGACGAAGAGGGUGCAAAGUGGUCCUGUGAACCAUGUAUCCGGGGCCAUCGAUCGUCAAAAUGCCAGCAUUUCGAUCGACUGAUGAUGAAAGUCCCGAAAGCUGGACGCCCAUUGGCCAAAUGCCCCCAUCCCAAAGGAACGUGCAGUUGUAAGAAGACAUAUGCAGUGAUGGUUCGCAUUCCAAAAGGAUCAACCUGCAUGUGUCGACCGUUGUACGAGGUGCCUAUUGAAGAUGAAACCGAUCGUGCCCCUACCCGUUCGACGACAACGCCAGUUACAAUCGCUCCGGCCAUUACUCCAAGCUCGGUUGCGCCGACUCCUCCGCCCGCCAUAGGAAAGAUCCAGAAAGCUGGAAGAAGGCAGAGCAACCUUCAGGCGGCCCCCGAAAAUAUUGCUAGAGCGUUGGAAUCCAUUGCCAAAGCGGAAAACCAGCGUUCCGAGAACGGCGAACCCAGCGAUUUGCCCUCAUACGCUCCGCAGAAUCAAAGCUUUCCGACCCCGUACGGUCCGCUGGGCCAACAACAGCCGACUGUGACCCAGGACCAAUCCUAUGACAGUAGCGCAGCCACGGCACCCCAGAGUAAAAGCUGUUGCUCGGACAAAGCGGCCGCGAAACCAACUCAACCGCCACCUGAGAAGCCACCUGAACAAGGUUCUUGUUGUGGAAAGCAAAAACCGAAAUUGGAACAACCCGGCGCAUCCACACCUGGACCAGAAGAAAACGGCACCAACAAUCAUGCAACAUUAAACGGUUCAACAGCAAAUGACUUACUUUACCCUCCCUUCCCUGCACCACCGUGGCAGAAUUUCCAUGCUCCCGGUCAUGGUAACUUGGUUCAACCCUUUCCGGUUCAUCAACCACAAACUCAAGCACCCGUUUAUUUUCCUCCUACAUACGCGACAUCGUCGGGCUAUCCGUACCAAAACAUACCACACGGUGUCGGGUUCACACCAAUGGCCAUGCCAGCUUUUCCGUCGACCCAACCUCAGAGCAUUUCAUAUACGUCGCCCACUGCUGAAUGUUCGGAGCACGUAUGUCAUUGCGGCGAUGGUUGCCAGUGCCUGGGGUGCGCCUCUCAUCCAUUUAACAAUACGACGAGACAACACGUUCAAGAGAUGGGUCUUAUAGUAGGUCUUAAUGGUGAAGAGAAAAACCGACACUCUCCAUAUUCCACGAAUGCCGCUCCAACGCCGCUGGACUACUCCGUUACCGCCAUGAACCACAACCUGGACACCGGAGUUCCAUCCAAAGCCAUGAACCAUUACUCGGGACAGACUCAUCCCCACCACAUGGGCGGGGGCUACUCGCCUCAUUUCGGCUAUGCACCAGACCAAUUCAUGGAACCCUCCCAGUACUACACUCUGGAGUACCCAGUGGGAUUGCCAAGUUCCUGCUCCGAUGUGACUGGCAGUUGCCAAUGCGGAAAUGACUGCAGCUGUGUUGGUUGUCUGACGCAUAAUGGCCACAACGGUUUUACUCUCCAGCCGCUUCCAACAGAAAGUGUUGGCUUCCACGCCAGCCCACCGGCUCAACAAUCAAGCCCCAAAUUGUCGAGAGAUCCCUCCGCUCCUUUGCCUAGUCUGUAA